CUGGGGCCUUUAAAAGGGACUGCACCUGCCCUUGGUUCUGGAGAUCAGCGUCUCCCUUCUACACACUCCAAGAUGAACGCUUCGGAUCCAAUUGACUUGGCAGAAGAAGCCAAGUCCAGGGCUAUUGCGAAGGAUCCCACCAUCAGUGAGAAGCGUGCCGAGAUUGAGCCCGCUCCUGUCCACAGUGUGUCCUCUGUACACGAUGAUGAUGAUGCCCUUCACAAGAACUAUCCCAAUGAAGAAGACUUGAAGAACCUGCGGCGUGUCGCAGGCAAAAUUCCAUGGACUACUUUUACCGUCGCAUUUGUCGAGCUCUGCGAACGAUUCUCGUACUAUGGCACAACGGCCGUCUUCGUCAACUUCAUUCAGCGUCCUCUACCGGCCAAUUCAACCACCGGAGCCCUCGUGGCCGGCGCUGACUUCAACAAUGAUGUUCCCGGUGCCCUGGGCAUGGGACAGCGUGCCUCAACUGGCCUGACCUUGUUCAACCAGUUCUGGUCCUACAUCAUGCCCUUAAUGGGUGCAUACGUGGCCGACCAGUAUUGGGGCCGUUUCCGCACUAUCUUUGCCUCGAUUGCUGUUGCUCUCGUGGGUCACUCUAUCUUAAUCAUAUCUGCCAUUCCCAGCGUCAUUUCAAGCCCCGGAGGCUCAAUCGCCUGCUUCUCUGUUGGCUUGGUCAUCAUGGGUGUGGGUACAGGUGGUUUCAAGUCCAACAUCUCUCCACUGAUCGCAGAGCAAUACGGCGAUGACAAGCCCUACAUUCGAAUUGAGAAGAAUGGUGAGCGCGUCAUUGUCGAUCCCGCUGCCACGGUCUCCCGCAUCUAUCUAUACUUUUAUUUGAUGAUCAACAUUGGGUCCUUGACCGGUCAGAUCAGUAUGGUCUAUGCUGAACGCUACGUCGGUUUCUGGCUCUCCUUCCUCCUUCCCACCCUCAUGUUCUGCCUCUGCCCGACAGUCCUCUUCUUGUGCAAAUCGAAAUACAAGCUUCACCCGCCCACGGGCUCUGUGUACUCAAAGGCCUUCCGUUUGUGGAAAUUGGCCAUGAAGGGUCGAUGGUCGCUCAACCCCCUCCGUCUGUUUCAGAGUACAACUGGCUCAGGUGAAUUCUGGCAUAACGUGAAGCCCAGCCAGUUGGGGGCGGAUAAGCCGGAGUGGAUGACCUUUGACGAUGAGUGGGUGGAUGAGGUACGACGUGGACUCAAGGCCUGUAAGGUCUUUUUAUGGUAUCCGCUUUACUGGCUGGCUUAUAACCAGAUGUUGAAUAACUUGACUUCGCAAGCGGCCACCAUGCACCUAGGCGGAGUGCCAAACGAUGUCAUCAACAACCUCAACCCGUUCGCCCUCAUCAUCUUCAUUCCCAUUUUCGACAGACUUGUCUAUCCAGGCUUGCGUCGGCUCGGGUUCAACUUCACCCCUCUCAAGCGCAUCACAGCCGGGUUCUUCGUGGCUGGCUGCUCCAUGAUCGUCGCAACCGUCACCCAAUACUACAUUUAUAAGCUGGGCCCUUGCGGCAACCAGGCAAACUACUGCCUGGAAGUUGAAGGAAAGCAAACCAAUAUCUCCGUCUGGGUCCAGACGCUGACCUACGUACUGGGCGGUAUCUCGGAGAUUUUCGCCUCGAUUACCUCGUUGGAGUACGCCUUCACAAAGGCUCCUCGCAACAUGCGAUCUCUUGUGCAGGCCGUGGCUCUCUUCAUGAAUGCCAUCUCCGCAGCCAUCGGUCAGGCAUUGGUUGGUUUGUCCGCUGAUCCUCUACUAGUUUGGAAUUACGGUGUCGUGGCCAUCUUAGCCUUUGUCGGCUGUGCAGGAUUCUGGCUGACCAACUACAAAUUGGACCAGGAGGAGGAUGCAUUGAACAUGCUGCCUCAGAGUGGUUACGAGGGACGACGGACAGCUGAUGAGGAGAAGUAG